GAUUGAAUAUAAAAAAAUUGAUGAUGUCGAUAAGCAGGAUAAUAGCCGUCGGAUGAGCGAGCACCCGUCGAUAAAAGAAAACGCAGUUAGAGAGAAGAGCAAGGAUCAGGAAUAGGAUGAUGGCGAAAGCUGAGAAGCCUGAUGAUUACUUCGACAGCGAUGCUUUAGAAGCAGCGGAGCUUGUUCUUUAUCAAGUUUCUGAAUGUUAUGUUUAUUUGAUUCCGCCGAGAAAAACUGCUGCUUCUUACAGGGCUGAUGAAUGGGAUAUCAAUAAAUGGGCAUGGGAGGGUGUUUUGAAGGUUGUUAGCAAGGGAGAAGAAUGUAUUAUCAAGCUAGAGGAUAAGACAACAGGUGAAUUAUAUGCUCGGGCAUUUUUAAGAGAUGGGGAGCCGCACCCAGUUGAACCAGUAAUUGAUAGCAGCAGAUACUUUGUUCUACGUAUAGAAGAGAAUAUUGACGGUCGCCUUCGGCAUGCCUUUCUUGGCAUUGGAUUCCGAGAAAGACCUCAGGCUUACGACUUCCAAGCUGCACUUCAUGAUCAUAUGAAGUACCUCAACAAAAAGAAAACUGCUGAGGAGAUGGAAGAACAGUACCAAAAUAGUACAGUUGAUUACAGUUUAAAGGACGGGGAGACUAUUGUACUUCAAUUGAAGAAUAAAGGUGGUGGUAAUGUUCGAUCCAAGUUUUUUGAUCAGGGCUUGAAUAAGAUCUCAAUUGAAGAGAAGGGAAAUGGAAAAGAGCCUAUUAUCUGUCUCAAGCCACCCCCACCUCCAUUAGCACCGCUUUCACCUUCUGUAAGCUCUACUAAUUCUCCUUCACUUUCGCCCAAAAGCUUCAGUCUUGAGGAAGAUUCCAAAGACAAGUCAUCAGUCUCACUAGAGAUACAAUCAAAAGAAUCAACUACUCAAGACAAUGAAAGCUCACAAGUACUGGAUGAUGACUUUGGUGAUUUUCAAGCGGCAGGUUAAAAAACUUGGUGUGUUUGUACUUUUAGGAUUGAAGUUGCUAUGUUGUGUUUGGAUGGGAUGGUGUAUAUGAAUUUUUCAUUCUGUCUUUUUUAACUGAACCUUACAACUGUCUGGUUGUAUAUUUGCUGACCUGAAUAACAUUCGUAUGCUGUCGAGUUUAAUGUUCA